CACCGACAAAUAAGUCAGACGCGAAAGCUCGACGGCAGCAGUCAUGGCGUCGACAGCUGCGACUCGCACUGCUGCCGGUGCGGCCAAAGUUGUGAAGCCCAUUUUUAGCAGGGAUUUGGACGAAGCGAAACGCAGAGUCCGGGAGCUUUACCGAGCCUGGUACCGAGAAGUCCCUAACACAGUGGCGAUGUUUCAGCUGGAUAUAACAACGCAACAGGGCCGAGACAAAGUGAGGGAGAUGUUCAACAAAAACAAACAUGUCACUGACCCCCGUGUGGUCGACAUGUUGGUUAUUAAGGGGAAAAUGGAACUCCAGGAGACCAUCCACGUAUGGAAACAGAAGACACACAUUAUGCGUUACUUCCAUGAGUCUGAGGAACCACGCCCUGCUGAUUUCCUGUCUAAAUUUUACCGGGGUCACGAACCCUGAAUUCCAACUUGGCUUGCGCCCCCUUUUUUUUUUUUUUUUUUUGCUUGCCUAUUGUGACAGAUGUUUCCUUUCAUUGUAAAUACACACGAAACAUUCACAGGCUCUUGUUUGUGUCUGUUAUUAACGAGCAAACAAGCUUUUGUCGGGAUUGCUAUUAGAGGGGCUAUUGAACAGAAAUACCCUACCUUGAUAUUCUUAUCCCAAAUGCAAACAUCAUGGGCAGCCAUUUGUCUCAUUGUAGUAUUGUUUCUCAUGAUGACAUACAAAAAUAGAGCACAUUAUCAAAACCUUUACUACAGCAUGCGAAGACAAAACAUUGCUAGAGGAUUUUAUCAGGCUCAAUGACAGUU